CAGUGCCACCAAAGAUCCGAUACGCGAUGGACCGUGCCACCGCGCCAGAGUUAGAGAAAAUAAACGCGAAUGAUCACGAAUAUGGAAUCGCUAAUGAAAACCCUAAGCAUAAGGUUUACAGUGAAGUUCAGCCGACAUAUUUACCAUUUUGGAGACAGGCCUUCAUAGCUUUUGGUUCCUUCAUGAUGUCUUUUAGUGCGGGGGCGACGGCGGGAAUCUCGGCAAUCCUUAUUCCGCAGUUACAAAAUGAAAAAGGGCAUAAUAAAUAUCCACUUGAAAUGGAGUCUUGGCUGGCGGCCAUAGCAUCGCUAGCGUUAGUAUUUGGAAAUAUGAUAUCUGGAUAUCUAAUGGACAGACUCGGAAGAAGAGCGUCUCAAAUAUUAUUAUCAGUAUUUUACAUAGGAGGAUGGACAAUUAUUGGUUUUGCUGGCAACAUACAUUUUAUAUUGCUUGGAAGAUUUAUAACAGGAUUCUGCCAAGGAUGGCUAGGUCCUUUGGGGCCAGUUUUUGUCGGUGAAAUAAGCUCACCCGCAUACAGAGGAUUGUUUUUGGCUGGCCUGUCUUUAAGUAUAGCGUCCGGAGUAUUUAUGUCACAUCUGUUUGGAACUUAUCUGCAUUGGAGCCACGCUUCUCUGCUUUGCGGUGCAUUUCCUUUGAUUGGAUGUAUUAUACUAUAUUUUGCACCAGAGUCACCCGCUUGGUUGGCAUCAAAAAACCAAAUUGAAAGGUGUAUACAAUCUUUUCAAUGGUACAGAGGCACUAGCCCUGCGAUGAAGCUGGAACUCGAGAAGAUGAUAGCAGACCAAACAAAAAAGAGGGAAGAAAAGAGCAAGAUUAAAACACUAACAGAUAACAUAAAGAAACCUGAAUUUUGGAAGCCGCUGUGUAUAAUGAUAGUGUUCUUUAUAGUUACCCAGUUAUCUGGUAUUAACGUCAUAUGUGCAUACACCACCAAUAUAAUGGAAGUACUAAUAGGUACCGACAAGAACACAUAUGCUGCUAUGCUAGCAACUGAUAUUUUACGCGUAAUUGCAUUGGUUACAGCAUGUAUUUUACUGCGAAAAAUAGGACGACGUCCCUUAGCUAUUUUUAGUGGAGUUUUUACAACCCUAUCCUUAAUAUCUCUAGCGUUUUAUCUUUAUCUUAUUGAACUGCGUAUUAUAAGACAUAUAUCUCCUUUUGUAUCCUUAGGUUUAAUGGCAAUUUAUGUAUUUGUGUCAAACUUAGGAAUAUCUCUACUACCUUGGAAUAUGGUUGGUGAAUUGUUUGCCACUGAAACAAAGGGGUUGGGUUCUGGGAUAAGCGUCAUGAUGACUUCACUUUCCUAUUUUGCGACGAUCAAAACUGCUCCAGCUAUGUUCCAAGGAUUGGGUCAUCACGGUACCUAUUUGUUUUAUGGCAUUUCUACUCUAUUAGGUACAAUAUUUUUAUAUUUUUAUCUACCUGAGACUAGAGAUAAAACUUUGUUGCAAAUAGCGGAAGAGUUUAGGUAUGGCAAAAAAGGCAAAUCAAAAGAAUUAACGAAUUUAACAGCCGCCUGAUUAUGAGUUGUUUCAAGUAGGUGACAUGGUGAUAAAGGAAUAUAAGAAUUUUAAAAUAUUAGUCAUAAUAACAUGGUCAUUCCAUUAUGUUAAGACGUAUUAUAUUUUAAGUAGAAAGCAAAUUUUAGAAAUGCUGCAAAAGCAUGGUAAGUUUGACUACAUUUUUACGAAAUUCUUUAACGAUAUAGUAAGAAGGUACCUGUAUCUAAUUAAUAUACAUUAUUUCAUUAUGUAAUCAAGAAACAUAUUGUAACUGUCAGAUACAUUAUUAUUACUACUUAACCUAGUGAGAUAAAAUCAUGCACCAAAGGACAUUGUUACACAUUUUUAAGUUUUAUUGAUUAUUACAAAUUGAUAUUAAAUCUAAUAAAUAGUGUAGUGAUAAAACUAGAUAUCAAUUAGGAUGUUUUCAUUCAGUUUCCAAAUUAUGUAGCUACUUAUUCGAGGUCAAAUACAUUAACUUUUAAUAGUAACCUUCAAUGCGAUAAGAUUAGUGCAUCGGAUAAUUUAUCAAAAUCACUAUUAUUGAUAGUUUAGAAUACUAAGACACGAUUAUUUUUCUUGAAAAUGAUAGAAUGGGCCAUUUGUUUAUCAAGGGGUAGUUGGUUAUGCAUCGGUGCCCUAUUCGCUUAUAAAAACCUGAAGUCUAUUUCACAGUACGUUAGAGACGGACAAGUGGCACGCGUCGUCGCUAAAUUACAAACAUCUUCCUGUUUUGACACGUGUAUAUAACCUUUUAAGUGCACACUCCACGAUGAUUCGCUAACAUCUGUGAACCACUUCUUCGGAAACCAAAAAUUCCCACGUUGGAUGAAACGCGACGGGUUUUUGUCAGAAACAAAAAAAUCAGGAAAACAGCUGGAGAGUGCCUACGGUGAACGUCUAUUUUAAGACAACCUCCAUUCACGGAGAUAGUUUAAGGAACAAAAUGAGAAGAUUAAACCUAAGUUAAGUUUUAAAGUCGUUUAACAAACUUUAUUUAGGAAACAGAUGAGUUUUGUGCACUUGAGUAUUUUAUAGCGUUUAUAAUGCAAUUCUCUUAACAAUGACAUAUAUAUAUGUUUGUCUCGCAAAGUCGCCGUUAGUUACGUAUAAUGGACGUAAUGAUCUUUUUACGUAACCUUGUCAAACUCAAAGUUUUGCUUUAAAAAGACCGAGAUGUUUUGAACAAAAAUCUAUUUACAAGCUGACUUAGUAUGCUUAUACUACGAACCAAAAUACAUCAAAUGAUUAAAAUAGUACCUACAGUUCAAAAAAUGAAAAGAAUUUGAAAUUAUUAAUGAGACGAAUAAAAAAAUGCGUGGGAUAGCAAAAAAAAGAAGGCUAAUAAAAUCGAAAUCGGAAAACGAAAACUUUUAUAAGGAAGCUUAGGGAACGCGUUAAAAUUACCUUUUAUUUCCACGUCAAGUAGUUCCUGUGCUUUCAUUUGUUUAUUCCAUUGUGCGUAAUGCAUAUCAUAUCAUAGUCUAUGCGAUGGUUCGCUUGGAGCGGAACGAAUAUUUAAUAAUAAGACACGUGGCAGAACGGAAACUGUACACGUGUUAUCAAUUAGAGUGGAAUGGUAUAAAAAAUUUAGAAUAAUCCAAAUGCUCACCCUUAAGUGGGCGGAGUUGUUAACAAAACACAAGCAGGGUUUUAUUGAAAACUUUGUUGACCUAUCACGAUUGUACGGCGAACUAACUGUUACCCGAUUCUUCGACUAUAAUGUAUCCCAUAUACAUUUUUUUUCACUACAAGUUAGCCCUUGUCUGCAAUCUCAGAUGGCAAAUGAUGAUGUAGUCUAAAGUGGUGACAGGCUAACCUGUAAGAGGUAUGGCAGCCAUAUUAAACCCAUACCUCAAAAAUCUCAAAAUUAGGUCGUCAAAUAGAGGUCCCAAAUUUUCUUCUUGCCAAAUUAUGUUAUGUCCGUUUAACUGAUAUUUUGUUUAGGCAUAGUACCUAGUCUCCAAUCUUGCUGCCAAUGCCGCCUUGAAGUAAACUUUUAUAUAUUUUAGGGCUUUAAAACAGAAGUUUGCAAAUUUUUUGGUGCUUGAAGUGAUCUUGCAUGUAGUUCAAGGCGCCAUAAUUAGAGGAUACUGUAAUAAUGGUUAUAUUUAAUAACAGCAUGGUUCCUAGAUUCUUUCCAAUUUAAAAAGUAUCCUACGUUCAUUUCGAGGGCGCAAGCUAUAUCUAUAUUUCAUGAAGUUCGUGUAACUGUUGAACCGAAUAUAACGAUAUGUAACAAACACUUUUUGGAAUUUAUAAUAAUUGUAUGUCUCUGUAUAAACAUUUUAGAUGAAGAUAACAACUACCAAUUAUCAUCUUGUUUCAAUUAAAUGAAGUUUCCAACUUUGUUUUGCUGAACGUAGUAUAUUCCUAUUCACCAUAUUGCGCAAUGAUUUGUACUUUGUAUGUAAUACAUAAUGUUUCAUCAUCUAAUAUUAUUAUCGUCCUCAUACACUUAGAUAGUGUAGUUUUCUAAGAUAAAGAUUUACAAAAAACAGCUUUUCUGUAAAUCUUUAUGCAAAGAAAUAGUUUGCAUCCUUGAGACGGCUAUACGCUAAAAAAUUAUCCCGGGAAAAUAAAGGGUUCCUACAGGAUUUUUAUAACCCAAAAGGAACGCAGAUGAAGUUUCGUGCAACAGCUAGUUAGUAAUUGCCUAAUAGAUAUAUUAGAUUGAAUAAAUUGUUUCAUGUGUUCUCCAAGAUGAAACAACGCAAUUUUACUAACAUCGGGGAUUGAGUCGUCUCAGCCUACGGUGCUUGAUCUUGAUAUACCCGUAGUUUGUGCAGUUUGUACAUUAUAUUUAAUACCAAAAUAAUACAGAAUAUUAAUUGUAGGACAUAGGAAAUGACAGCAGCAUACGGGAUAUUAUAAAAUCGAUUUAGCUAUUCAGGAAAUGGUUUCUACCUAUAUGUAGAUUUUACAUAUUUCUUGGGUUCCGUUGUCGACAACUGUUACUGUGUGAUAGUUUCGCAAUAUACCUGUCUGUCCUUCCGAGGCUUACCUCGUAUAAUGGAAUAAAAAGUUAAAAAAACCAUUUUAUUGAGGAUACCUCUAAUAAUAUGAUUAGUUUUUUUUUAUUUUCAUCUAUCGUAAUAUAGUUUGUGGGGUCGAAACUAAAAUAAAGCCAAGUUGAACCAGCCUCAUAGUCAUUGCAAAAAACUGAUAGAGUUAACUCGUAUGGCGUAAAGACGUAUGAUUUUAAUUGAAAAUUACUUAGAUGAAGUUGUUAAGUACAUGAACUAUGUAAAACGAUGGAAUAAUAACACUAGUAUAAAAAUCAACAAGACCGGUUUUUUUAAAUUUAAUUCGACCAAUUUACAAGUUUACGUUUAAGUGCUCUUUUGAAAUACAUUAUGUUAAGUAGACAAGUUACCUUAGGUACAUGUUUUUAAGAGUUCCGCAGAUACCUAGGUACUAUUACAUUAUUCUUUGUAAUCGUUUUAGAACGAAAUAAUAUCUUAUACUUAUCGUCUUAUUGUGAUGAAUAGAUGUUGUUUUAAUAAACGCACUGGAAAAUUACUCGUAAUUAAAUGUAAACAUAUUUAUAUUGGAGAUAAAAAAUUAGUCCAAUAUCAUCCAUUCGCUGAAAGAAUGCGUUCCUGUCAGUCAGUUGGUCAUAAUAUAAAAAAAAAAUUACUUAUAUUAUAACUGCAAUAGUGUUUUCGUUUUUAUCCUGCCUUUACGCACUAACUAUGCAACCAUUCGACUAGAUUUUUCAAAUAGAGUUAGUAGAAAUUACGAAGAGUAACAUCGGAUACUUUUUAUUCCAGGAAAGCGAAAGAUCCCACGGGAUUUGUUUUAAACCAUAGAAUACGCGGACGAAGAACGCGGCCAGCAGCUAGUAAUAUAAUAAUUACAGUUGAUAUGACCUAAACACCGUUAUAUGAGGUUUAAAAAAAUUAGUUAUCUCCUUUAUUUUCCAAUAAAUUUAGUGUAUAAAUUAAAAUAUAAGUAUAAAUAGUUAAAA